AUGACUAAAAAUGUUUUGAUGCUACAUGGGCUUGCCCAGUCUGGUGAAUAUUUUGCCUCUAAGACCAAGGGAUUCCGUACAGAAAUGGAAAGGUUAGGAUACAAACUCCACUACCCCACAGCACCAAAUGAAUUUCCUCCAGCCGAUAUUCCUGAUUUUUUGGGUGAAGUGAUUGCUGAUGCGCCAAAUGACAGUGACAGUACUGGGGUGCUUGCAUGGCUAGAAGAUGACCCUGCCACCGAUGGCUAUUUCAUACCACAGACGACUAUCGACUAUUUACACAGCUACGUGAUUGAAAACGGUCCCUUCUCAGGUAUUGUGGGAUUUAGCCAAGGUGCUGGUGUUGCUGGAUACCUAGCAACAGACUUCAAUGGCUUGUUGGGUCUUACGGCAGAGGAACAGCCUCCGCUAGAGUUUCUCAUGGCAUUCAGUGGGUUCAGAUUCCAACCACAACAAUACCAAGAACAAUACAAUUUGCAUCCAAUAUCGAUUCCAUCUCUACAUGUACAGGGCGAACUUGACACUAUCACAGAGCCGAUUAAAGUACAAGGCCUGUACAAUUCAUGCACAAAAGAGUCCAGCACCUUAAUGAUGCAUUCUGGGGGGCACUUCGUACCCAAUUCUAGGGGAUUUCUAAGGAAAAUAACACAAUGGCUUCAACAGCUAGCUUGA